AUGCUUCCGAAAGUACCUCCCCGACCUCCAACCCGUCGUGAACGUCGCGUGUUCAGCCUGUCGGAACCCACCACCCCGUUGGACCCUGGCUACGGAUCCUCCGGCUCAACGCCUCAGUCGCCGGGGCUGGUGAAGACCCAUUUGUUUAUCGCCGGAGGUGUUCUUGGGUUGGUAGACCAGAAUAGGAUCGAUGGGAACGGCACACUGGUCAAUUCUGGCGCAGGCUGGACCUCGGGUCGAGGGGGGACAGCAGUUAACAACGGACGAGGCCAACUCGUCAGGAGUGGCACAAACGCACCCCUAUUUCGCACCACAUUUCCCACAACUCGGGCGGGGAGCGAGGAGGAGGCAGAAAAACACAGGGCCCGUCUUGCUGCAGCACUUGGCCUCGAUCAAGCUCAGCGCGUCCUCGAUAUCGGCAUUGCCACUGGGCGUGGCGAUCGCUGCGUAAGGCCUGGCUAUGUCCCGUCGAUCUGGACGGGUACGGAAUGGGUCAACGACGGACCUGUUCCCAAACCUCAAAAACCGCUCGGAAACCGCACGUUACCCAUUGCUCCCUUCAAAGUUCUUGACGCUCCGAAUUUGCGUGAUGACUUUUACUGUUCUAUCCUGGCGUACUCCCCCACCACUUGUACCUUGGCGGUGGGCUUAGGGAAUUUGCUGUAUGGCUGGUCCGAGGCCCGCGGCGUGCAACUAUUGUAUGCUGGGGGCGACCCAGACGCAUACCUAACAAGCUUAUCGUUCUCAUCUACCGAUGGAUGCCGGGCCAUCUUAGCAUUCGGCCGAUCCGACGGAACCUUCGGUCUGAUGUCGCUUUACGAUGAAACGGAGUCAACAGGAUAUCGGUCAGCGCCGCGACCACGUUUCGACGUUGUUCAGCAGGCACCGAUCUCGUGCGUAAGUUGGAAGCCGGUAUGCACGCUGCGACCAUCUCGGUGUCACUUCAAUCGCGGCAUUCCGGUGAAAAAUGAAGACCUUUUGGUCGGAGACGACUCCGGGCUCAUCUACUACUACGCCGUCGAAUGGCCGGCGCGAUGGGAGGUAGACCGCCACAACUGGCCCGGCGAGAUCACCUUGCUGGCACGUAUCUCGGUUCAUUCGCGACAAAUAUGUGGCCUGACGUGGUCAAAAACGGGGGAUGUCUUUUGUACCGGGGGUAACGACAAUGUGUGCUAUCUCUUCGAGACUGCCAAAGCAGUCAACGCAGGUUCCGUUCGUCAUGGAGCAGGGCAGCGACAGUCUGAACGGCCAUCAGAGUCCCAAGCACAAGGAUUGAGUGAGGUUUCGGAGGCGCGAACGGAGAUCCAGAUGUCCCAAGACGCCCCGUAUUAUCCGGCAGUUCACCUUGGACCUAGAGAUGCCAAGCAUCGGUGGGCUCAUAGUGCUGCCGUCAAGGCAAUUGCAUUUUGCCCGUGGCAAGAUAGCCUAGUAGCAACCGGUGGAGGAUCCAACGACAAGUGUAUUCAUUUUUUCCACACCGGGUCAGGAACGGCUUUAGCGUCUAUUUCUGUUUCCGCCCAAGUGACGAGCCUCAUCUGGUCCACAACCCGACGAGAGAUUGCCGCAACGUUUGGUUACGCUCACCCGGACCACCCGGUCCGCAUUGCCGUCUUUUCAUGGCCUGAGUGUCGCCAGGUCGCGGCCAUUCCUUGGGUCGGUGAGCACCGCGCGUUGUACGCGAUCCCAUACACAGGCGGGCCUCUCCAACUGGGGGAGACCGGCGACAGGGAGGGGAAGAGGCCAAAUCGCGGACUCCGUUCUAAGGAAGGUUGCAUAAUUGUCGCUUGCAGCGACAAGAGUGUCAAGUUCCACGAAGUCUGGACUACAGAACGCAAGGGGACGAAGGGUGUGGCGGGCGUGUUAGGUGGGAGCCCGAUUUUGGAGCUUCUAGAGGGGAUCGACCGGGAAGGCAUGGUUAUCCGGUAG